UAUUGGCAGCCUUGGGAGAAACUAUAUUCACGUAUCACUAAUUCGAGCUUCGUAUCUUCCACUCUAUCCCAUCGUCUGAUUGUAAUUUAGUUUUAGUAGCGCUGAAAAUUUGAUUGAGCUUCAUGUCUCUGUUCGGUGAAUAUCCGUGCACUAAUCAAUCAGUUGCUCCAAUCCACAUUGCGUUCACAACGGCCGCAGUAACUGUUCCUUUAUGUCUGUUUACGGUCGCUGGGAAUGUACUCGUCGUGUUAGCAAUCUUCAUCGAUCCAAACAAAGAUCUCAAAUCACCUUUUAACUACUUUGUGGCCAGCCUUGCCAUUAGCGAUCUUUUGGUGGGAUUCGUCGUCGACCCGACUUCGGUAGUGUAUCAUGUAAUGGAAGGAACUGCGAGAAAAAGACCACCAGCAUCCUACCUUCACGUGCCGUUCUUCAUUUCGUGUACAGCUUCUGUUCUCAGUUUGGCAGCUUUAACACUGGAUCGAUAUUUGGCGAUAACGUCUCCGCUAACCUACAGAACAAAGUUAAAUCCUAAGCGAGCAGGUUUUGUGGCGGCUGGCAUCUGGUUAUUCUCACUAAGUUUCCCUUUCAUAUACCUUGUCACGGGUUACCUCACAUAUUCAUUUGUCUUCCUCCACACAGUCGUGAUUGGCACUCUCUUAAUCAUCAUUCUUACUUAUCACAAGAUCCUUCGUGUAUUAAAAAGUCAAAUGGAACAGUGGAAUUCUUUGGAUCAGACGAACAUAGACAAUCAGGCGAAGAGACAGACAGCAAGAUGGGAACAGAAAGUAACCGAAACCUUUAUUAUCAUACUGGCUUUCUUCUUAGCAUGCUAUCUUCCUGCCUGUAUCUGCAUUUACAUUGUUAACUUAUGCAAAGCAUGCAGUUGCACACUUAUUCACUGGGCAAGAGAUAUUCCUUCUCUUUUGAUCACGGCUAAUUCAGGAGUGAACCCGUUUGUGUAUGCCUGGCGGUUUGAAAAUUUCAGGAAAGCGUUCGCAAAACUUCUGGGGAACAGAAAGUGCUGUAGAAAACAAAGACAAAGAACUUUAACAUUUGACAACAUAGCCAUGCAGGGAACAGAAAGUAACUAAGGCUGCAAUAAUACACACAAUAUUGGCUCUACUCUUGCUGUAUCUCCAGUUAUACCUCUAUUCACUUCAGUGGGUCAGAGAUUUUAAUUUUAUUUUGAUCCUCGCCAUUUCAGGAGCGAAUCCGUUUGUUCGUUUGAACUUGUGUUCAAGUUCCGCAAGGCGUUUUUAAAUUAUGAUACGUACAGAAAGUGUUAUGGUUAUUUGAGGGAAAGAACAUUAGAAUUUGACACCCUUAAAGGGAAUACUUCAAGUUAUUUAGAGUAGUAAAGAGAAAACCUGCCAAAAAAUACGGCGAAGUCUGAAGAUACAAUUUUUUUUUAUCAAGAACGUCUUCUUCUUUGGCUGGGAAAUCCCGAGCCUAAAAACUCAUCAAGACCUCAAGUUAACAAAGUCGCGAGCGAAUACAAUUUGUAUAUAUUUUAAAAUUGUUGACUGCCAAUACACAAUAAUUCGUUGAACAGGGAUUAAGACUUCCAACAAUUUGUGUUGGUAAAAAGUGUUGACAAACCUAUCACGACGCCGACCCUGGCGAUUUUGUUGGACUUGGGCACCUAGCAUAGUUUAGACUGAAGGAGUACUCCUAUUAAGGCUUUCCUCCCCUAAAUGAGAUGAGGGGAAGGUCUUUGUAUAUUUC